AUGUCUCUGUCAGCUCGAAGGGAAUGCCUGAGGGGACUCCUCGCACAAAUUCUUGAGGAAUGCAGCAUGAACACUGCAAAAAUAUCGGAUGAAAUUGCAGAGCUUAGGCCAAGACUAAUUUCGCUUGAACGGAUCAGAUGGAACAUAUUUACUCAGCCCUCAAUUAAGAGCCUCUGCUCCUUGUAUCAAAUUGAGCAUUGCGGCUCCAUCAUCAAAGUAGCAAAUCUUUUCAUUCCCGAAGAUGGGGACAUUUACAGUAAGUCACCCCAUUUUAUAUUUGCAGGGCUACCAUACGAACAGACCAAUGCCCUGCUCUCAAUUUUUUUGACCAUUCUUGACGUUUUCCACAAGAGGAUCCUUUCACCACCACCACCCUCUUCAGCAUCUUUUCACGAUAAUUCCUCUUCUCGCCUUCCAUGUCCGAUUGUAAGAAUGCCUGGCGCCUCCCCUGCAAUCCAGAUUGGACAAAAGUCAAUCAAUAGUACGGAGACUACGAGUGAUAUUCUGAUCACGCCAGCGAUACCAGAGUUACCUGUCAACAAAGUCCAAAAAAUUAGCGAAGUAGAAAGAAAUAACUGGAUCAUGGCCCUCGCUGCCAUUUCAUUUAAUGCCAUCUGGCUCGCCUCCAAAAUAUGGAAGCGCGUCACCGAGCGCUGCAAUUGGAGCCCACGCCAAAAUCCAGCCUCCAUUUCUGAAAAUCUGAUCAUCCCCAGGGCUAUUGCCAAAUUUUUUGUCAUGAUUUCGAUCAUUGAAAAGGGCGAAUUGUCCGUCAAUGCUCAGGAUCAAUCAUCUGUCAAUGCUCAGGAUCAAUCAUCUGUCAAUGCUCAGGAUCAAUCAUCUGUCAAUGCUGAAGAUGAACAGCCUGCAUACAUUUCUGAUCUUCUUGAAUUUAUGUAUAGCUCUGGUAUGGUUGAGGCCUUUUCCCAUCUUUCGUCCUUUACUAAAUUCUUUGAUGAAAUCGAAUAUUUCUGGGAGCGACAUGCCAAAGAAUAA